AUGUCCAAGUUCAAGAUUAAGAGGCCUCACAGCCCUGAUCACAUCGGAAUCUGCAACUACAAGAAACAGAGACUACUAUAUGAUCUAGAGAGCCUUAAUCUUAACGAUGAUAAGAGUCUUCAAAUGGAGCAGCGAUGGCGCAACCAUCAACGAUAUGUGGAAAACAAUGAGAUAUACUCAGACAGCGUGGAUGAGAUGUAUCUCCCGUACACGAGCUCAAGCCAUCCUUUGAAAGUCUUGCAGUCAGAUCACGCAAUUUCGUGGGAAACGGAUUUGUUGUAUUCCAGGUUGAGGAAGUCAGCUCGGGACGCUAGGUUGCAGGUUGUUAAAUGGGAGGAUAUGAAGAAACUCGCUUAUACUCAGUGGUUGGAAUGGAUUCGAAAGCGUUUUACAGAAAAAGACUUCGAUUAUGAUAUGGACAACAACGACGAUUACCCAGGAGUUAUCAUCGACGGCGAUGCGCAUGAAGAUGUAGAUAUGGAUGUAGAUAUGGAUGCUUUUUAG